AUGUCCAGCGGCGUUAAGAGAGACCGCGACGGUAACGCGCGGGCCAAGGCCAAGCCGCCAACAGGGCCCCCUGGGAGGUUCCACGCCAUGUUUGAAGGUUUCCGCAACGAGCUGGAUGAGCAUCAUGACCGCCGCGAAAGGAUUAUCAAGGCGUCGCGCGACGUCACCGCCCAGAGCAAGAAAAUUAUUUUUUCCUUGCAGAGAGUCAAACAGCUGAACCAAGAACCCCCUCCUCACAUUCAGAAGGACAUUGACACCCGUCUCGAAGAGAUUUCUAAGCUUCUCAACGGCAUCGCCCCAGACCUGCAGUCCAUCAACCGUUACCGCUACACAUCGCCCUUGCGUUGUCUGGAGGAGUUCAUCGAGGCACUGUCCUUUGCGCACUACCUGCGCCACCAGACCCUUAUAACACCAGAGCAAUCACAGGCCUCCAUGCCUGCGAACAUCAUUCUGACGCCGCAUGACUACAUGUACGGCAUCUUCGACCUCUUCGGCGAGCUGAUGCGUUUCGCGACGGUCACGACGGCGCAGACCGGCGAGCUGGCGGGACGUGAGGGUCGCAACAUCUUACAGGACAUCCAGGAGCUGGGAUGCGCGUUUGAGAUGCUGCCUGCGGUACCGACGAAGGAUUUCCGUGGCAAGAUGAUCGCCGGUCGCCAGAGCGUUAACAAGGUGGAGAAGCUGGGGUAUGGGCUCGUGGUGAGAGGCAGUGAGCGACCCAAAGGGUGGGUGCCUGACAUGAGAGACGAUGCUCCCGAGCCCGUGUCACCGAUUUGA